UUCAGUUCCAAACUACAACUUUAAGCUUUGAAACCUUUUCUCCCUUUUUUCUCACUUUCACCUUCUCAAAUCCGAAAAUUUUAUACCAUUGGAUUGAAUUCAAAAACCGUCAGAAUUCGAUCCAAUGGUCUUAGAACUUUAAAUCAAAUCGAAAGCGGACAUUGUGGAUCCACACUUUUAACAUGGACAAGCUGAUGAGAUUGGCCUCAGAGAAAGAUGUUGUGGUAUUCAGCAAGAGCUCAUGUUGCCUGUGUUAUGCAAUCACCAUUCUAUUUCAAGAGCUCGGGGUAACCUCAACUGUCCACGAGAUCGAUCAAGACCCCGAAGGCAGGGAAAUAGAAAAAACUCUCAUGAGGUUGGGGUGUAACGCGCCAGUUCCGGCCAUCUUUGUUGGCGGAAGGCUCGUAGGGUCAACUAAUGAAGUCAUGUCCCUCCAUCUAAGUGGAGGGCUGAUACCUAUGCUGAAGCCCUAUCAAACUUGGUGUUAAAUGAUGUAACAAUCAAUAAAAUUUGGCUCAAAUAUGCAAGUCUCUAGUGAAACAGCAUGUGCUAGCUCUCUAGCAUUAGCAUGUAAUCUGUUUCUAUUUCUUAAUGAAGCUAAUGUUACAUAA